UUGCGUUUUCUUUGGAAAAUACAAAAUUUCGUUGACCAAACUUUAUACGAUCAGUAGCUUGUUGAACUUCAAAGUUGUUAAAAUGACGCCUCGACGAUCGGCAGUAAUAAUUUUACUGUUUUUAUUUCAACAUGUCUUCGGUUUCGCUGAAACGGAGACAUUAGUUUGUGGACGCGUUGUCGGUGGCACUGCCGCAGCAGAAAAUUCAGCGCCAUAUAUAGUAUCAUUACAACAAGGAAGCACACACUACUGUGCUGGUAGCAUUUUAAAUGAACAUUGGGUUGUGACGGCUGCACAUUGUCUUACUUCAAAAUCACAAGUGUUAAGUAGUUCACUCAUCGCUGGUAGCAUAAACGUAGCUGGUACUGCAAGUACUACUCAAAAACGAGCGAUCAACUCAUAUGUGGUACAUGAUCUUUACACUGGCGGUAUUGCACCGUAUGACAUUGGCCUCGUAUACACGUCGACGGCUUUCGAAUGGACCGCUGCAGUCAAAGCCAUAGCUUUGCCAUCGAGUGGGGUUAAGCCAACUGGUAAUGUGGAUCUGUACGGUUGGGGCUCGACAUCAACCACAAAUGUAGCAUCUUAUCCGUCUUUGUUACAAGUGGCUAAAAAUUUACCAAUCAUCAGUGAAUCUUCAUGUGUUAACGCACUAGGAACUAAAGGCGCCGAUGUUCAUUCAACGAAUAUAUGCACAGGACCCCUUACUGGAGGUGUAGGAAUUUGUACAUCGGACUCUGGUGGUCCUUUGGUUCAAACGCAAAGUGGUAAAACGGUCCUAGUGGGCAUUGUUUCAUGGGGUAAAAUUCCAUGUGGACAACCCAAUUCCCCAUCGGUUUACGUGCAAGUGUCUGAUUUCAUUUCAUGGAUUUCCACAAAUCAAAAAACAUAAAGUGAAAUAAAUAAAAAAUGGAAUUAGUGGUUUCAAUAUACACGGUUAAUGAAAACUUU